AAUUACCAGGAUUGCCAGAAUUGUCAUCAUCACCUCCAAUAUCUCAUCAACUUCCACAAGAAUAUUUUCCAGAAAAUGGCAAUGAAUUAGAUGAUGAUCAACAAUCAAAUAUAUACACUACACCUGAACUUACAAUAGAUGAUUUGUAUCAUUUAAUGAUAAAUAUGCGAAAAGGGUUUCAAUUACAAGUUAAAGGAUUAAACAAACAGUAUGAUUUAAAUGGGAAGAAGAGAAUCGGUGUUAUGGGAAGAGAGAAAAAAUCAACGAUGAAUAAAAAAAAAGGUGAUGAUGCUACCACUGCUAGUAGUGUUAGAAGUACUACUAGGGAAAUGGAAAGAUUUGGUGGUGAAGGAAGAUGGUUCCACAAUGAAUAA